CCACAAUGGAAAAACCGCCCCACAAGGACCGGAAACCCCAAACUGCCUGUAAGCCGUGCCCCAAACCCUGUGAGCAAAAACCAGGCAGCAGUAAGCCAGCCCUAAAGAGAGUCAGCGACAGGACGGUGGUCACUGGAGGGUCUGGGUGUUUCGGCUUCACUCUCGGCCGGGCCCUUGCCAAAUCAGGAACGGAAGUCAUUCUCUAUGACGUAAAGCCGUGUCAGUGGGAAAUUCCAAAAGGAGUACAAGUUGUACAGGCUGAUGUGCGAGUCUUCAAGGACUUCUAUGCUGCGUGUGAAGGGGCAGACUGUGUCAUUCAUUCAGCUGCGUAUGGAAUGUCCGGAUCAGAACAAUUGCGUAAGAAAGAAAUUCAGUCCAUCAACAUUGGGGGAACUGAAGUCGUUCUUGAAGUUUGCAAACAACGAAACAUUCCCAGAUUGGUGUACACCAGCUCAGUCAAUGUGGUAUUUGCGGGACAAACCAUUAUAGAUGGAGAUGAGGCAUCCAUGACUUAUUUUCCCCUCGAUAAGCAUGUUAACGAAUAUUCCAGAACCAAGGCCAUUGCAGAACAAAUGGUACUGGCAGCUAAUGAAUCACCACUGGCAGGAGGCGGUAAACUCUACACAUGUGCUCUUCGAUCACCAGGCAUCUAUGGGCCAGAAGAAGAAAGGCAUUUGCCCCGACUAGCAUUGAAUAUUGAGAGAGGAUUGUUUGCCUUCAGAGUUGGGGAUUCCAACACUUUAAUGAACUGGGUCCACAUCAAAAAUCUUGUCCAAGCUCAUAUCCUUGCCGCUGAGGCACUCACUCCGGAGAAGAAGUACAUAGCUGGCGGCCAGGCCUAUUUUAUCAAUGACAAUGAGAAAGUGAACAUUUUUGAGUGGUUGUCUCCACUGUUUGAAAGAUUAGGCACUAGGAAACCAUCGAUAAGGGUUCCUGUUUUUCUGGUUCAUCUGUCAGCUAUAUUCAUAGAAAUUUUGUACUACCUGUUACACCCAUUUGUUGAAAUAACGCUUCCCAUCACCAGGAAUGAGGUGCUCAACAUCUCUUGCACACACACCUUCAAGAUAGACAAAGCGCGUGCGGAGCUGGGCUACUCCCCCAAGAAGUACUCCUUUGCCGAAUGCGUGGAUCAGUAUUUGAAAACAAGGCCAAGGCGGAGGAAUUUCUUCCUCCUGAAGUGCUUCCUUUUGAUUCUCCUCCUGAUCGGCCUGGUUAUCAUGCUCAUAAAAUUCCCAGAUAUCCUCCAGGUCCUCCUGCAGCUCCGGGAUGCCUAUGCGGGGAUUCUGCAAUAACCUGGCUGUCCU